AUGGCCGCCGCCCGCGCUCUCCUGGCUUGCCUCGCCGUGGUCGCCGCCUCGGGCCAACUCUGCGAGCGGAACUCGCAAUGCGAAAUGGCCGGCGGCGAGUGGUGCGGGAGUCAUGAGAGCUGUGGCGACGAGGACUGCUGCAUCAGCUCGGUUCCGUGCGACGUGACGACGAGCAGCGCCCACUCGUGCCUCACGUGCUCCCUGGAAUUCGAUGUUACGUUCGUUAUUACGGAGGACUGUGUCUGCUUGAACGCGGAGCUCUCGGUCGCUGAGUGCUCCGACGCCUUCGCUCGCGGAACGCCGCGGGAGGUCGCGGACGACGACGACGACGACGACGACGACGAGGAGGUUUUAGGCUCGGAAUGGACGUGGACCGCGGGGCUCAUGUCCUGCUACGGCGCCGCGCUCGCCGUCGCGGCGCACGCCGCGCGCCUGCGAUGGGCCGCGGCGGACGCGGCGGCGGCCGGCGCGAAACGCGCGGCGGCCGCGGGCGGGCAGCGCCGCGUCGAUACGACGACGACGACGGGCGUGCGGGCGCUCCUCAUGCUCGUCAUCGCCGUGGGGCACAUGAACUACUUCGGAGGCGACGGCCGCGUCGCGGGCCACAUGGGCUUCCGCGGCGAGCUCGGCGGCGGCGCCGCGGUCGAGGGCUUCUUCCUCGUGAGCGGCUUCGUCAUGGCCCUCGCCUACUCGCGGCAGGACUUCGUGGGCUCGGGCCCCGGCGACGUCGUCGCGCUCGCGCGGCGGCGCAACUUCUACGCGAAGCGCUUCGCGCGGCUCGCGCCGCUCUACUACCUCUCCGAGCUCCUCAUGUGCCUCCUGCGGAUGGACCCGUGGGGCCUGGCGCUCCUCCCCUUCAGCCUCACCGGCAUCACGUCGUGGUAUCCGCUAAUCUAUCCCAACAACGGCGUGCUCUGGUCCGUGUCGACGAUCGCGUUCUUCUACUACCGGCUCCCGUGGCUCUUCGGCCGCCUCGAGCGCGCCUGGACGCGCGCGCACCUGCCGUGGCUCGCGGCCCUCAUGGCGGUCAAGUGGGUUAUCGUCGUGGGCGUCGAUCCAUUCUUCUACAUGCCGCUCCGCGUCUGGCCGCCGUUCGUCGUGCCCGUGUUCAUGAUCGGCGCGAUCGCUGCCCCGACGGUGAAGCUGCAUUAUUCCACCCUCCACGACACCCUGCGCGGUUCCGCCUCGCUCCGCGGCGCCAUGGCGCGCCGGCGCUGGCUCGCGCCGCUCCUGGUCCUCUGCGGCGUCGUCGGCGCCGACGACGCGUCGGCGGAGAUCGGCUUCGACUUCGUCAUGGCGACCGUCGUCGGCGCGACGCUCGUCCAGGCGCUCGACUUCGUGAGCUCGCAGAGCACGCAGCUCGCCUACGCGUCGCGCAACGGCCUCCUCUUCAACGGGACCGUCGCCGAGACGACGACGAUGAAGACGCUCAUGGCCACCGCGCAGAACCUCGGCGCGCUCCCGCGCGGGACGCGGGCGCGACGCGCCCGACUUCGAAAGCUCCGAUCUCGCCCGUUUCCCGCGCGCGAGCGCAACGUGCUCGCGAUCUACGCGGGCUUCGACGCGGACCACGCGUACUACGCGUACGCCUACCUGCGCGAGGACUUUUACAAGUCGAGCGGCGCGCGCGCCGCGCACGCGGGGAACCUGACCGUGACCCUGGGCAAGAACGUCAAGGGCAAGGGGAAGCUCGACGCGGAAAAGUACGUGUCGCGCGGCCGCUGCGACGACUUCGACUACGACCUCUGCGCGGUCGCCUUCACGAGCGACGCCCUCGGCGAGCCCGUCGACGCGUUGAAGACGACGAAGUUCGACUGCACGACGACGCACUGGUUCCGGAGCUCCGUCAAGUACAAGACGCCGCGGUGGACGACGCCCUACGCGAUGCCCGCGGACGUGGCCGCGGGCGUGGGCUACACCAUCGCCGCGCCCCUCUUCGACGCCGAGGGCAAGCUGCGGGGCGCCGCGGGCGCGGACGUGGGCCUCAGCCGCGUGUCCGAGAUCAUCGCGGCGACGGCGCGGACGUGGUGGCGGGAAGACCUCGGCGCCUACGACCCCAAGGGGCUCUUCUUCUACGUCGUCGACGCCGACCUGCGCGUCGUCGCGUCGUCCGUCGGGCCCCGCGUCGCGCCGGCCGACGACCUCUUCCACUACGCGCCGAAUAGUUCGAACGCGCUCGUCGCCAACGGCUCCGCGGCCUACGUCGCCGGCGUCGCGCGCGCGAUGGAGAAGAAGUGCGCCCUCGCGGCGGAGGCGCGGCAGGCGUGCACGACGGGCCAGUUCGACGCGAGCCUCGCGGCCCUCGCGACGCUCAGGGGCGGCCUGCGCGACGCCGCGGACAUCGCCUGGGUGAAGGAGAACGAGGCCGCCGUCCGGGCCCGCGCCGCGGCGUGCCCGGGCCGCGACCCCGCGCGGCCCGAGUUCUUCCCGCGCAUCGCCAACGUGAAGUGGCGCGUCGACGUGUCGAUAUCGACGUCGUCGCUCGACAAGAUCAUGAAGCCGAGCGUCAUGGUCGAGCUGAGCCUCAGCGACGGUUCGAUCAAGACCUUCGAGAUGGACGUGGACCAGUUCCAGAAGCUCCGCUACGACACGGCGCGCCUCCUGCGGCAGAUGCAGGAGAUCGAGCGCCACCCCAUCAUGCGCAUCGUCGACUAA